GGCGGGGCUCCGGUCGGCAGUCCGCGCCGCGCCGCCGUCCACGCGCCUGGCUCACGACGUUCCACCGCACGCACUAUGACAACACUCGCAGUGUAUUGUCGAUGACAAAACGCAACUCACUAACCCACAACUUUGUACACCGCGGUACCCUCGGUGCUCCUGCAGCAGUGGUGGCUCCAGACACGGGACUCCCCGAUGCUGCACUGGAACGCAGCAGCCAGGAACUUUGGACAGAUUAUACAGGAGCUGCGUGGGCCCGCGCGCGCCCCAUGCCGGCGGCGCACGUAACACAGUGUGAUGCUCGCGAGGACCGACAUCUAUAAAAAACUGCGUCCACGAGGGCGACGGAGGACGUUGUAGCCUUGGUUUAGUGAUAAAUGCAAGUGCCUAUAUUUAUUUAGUAAUAAUGUUGUCUAACCGACGCAACACAGUGCUGAAAGUGAGCAUCGUGAUUAACGUGGCGGUGCUGCUGUACGCCACGCUGCAGCUGACGAGCACGGGCGCGCCGGGCGAGGAGUGGGCGCCCACGGGGGAGGCGCUGGGCGCGGGGGCGGGGGCGGGGCGCGAGCUGCUGCGCGACGCCACGCCGCUGGAGACCACGCCGCGCACGCCGCCGCCCACCACGCCGCGCAGCAACGCCAGCACGGCGCCCACGCUGGACCCGGACAAGCGGCCCAGCGUGCCCUCGGAGCCCGAGGAGGACGAGCUGGACCAGGUGGACCAGAACGCGCUGUCGGAGAAGACGCUCACGAAGCUGCGCAACCUGCUGCUGUGCCACGACCGCGACUUCGUGCCGGCGACCACGCAGCGCGGCGACUACUGGGUGCUGCAGAACUACGUGCGCGCCGAGCACGGGCCCGUGGCGUGCCACGAGGCCGUCACCUACACCACGCACGCCGGCUACGAGUACCUCGACAACGUCAAGCCGCUCGUCGAACGGUGGAUGGCGCCGGUCAGCAUAGCCGUGCACGCGCCUGGGGCGGACCUGGCGCCGGCGGUGGACGGCAUCAGGUACCUGCGCGACUGCUCCGGCGACGACCUCAUCCGGCAGUUCGUCACCUUCCACAUCUUCUUCUCCUACAAGCAUAUUCCUAGUCAGAUCCCCGACCCGGAGGUGUUCCUCGGGAACCAGUUCAACUGCUCGCUCAAACCUCCCUACGAGACGAGCGCAAACACGUCCACCUACAUGAAGUCGCACAACAUGUUGUACCCCGUCAACGUGGCCCGGAACAUCGCCCGGGACGCCUCGCUCACCCACUUCCUGCUGCCGGCUGACAUCGAGCUGUACCCCAGCCCCAACCUCGUGCCAAGGUUCCUCAACAUGAUCGCGAGGAAUGCGCCCCCACUGAACAACACUAAUCCGAGAGUCUUCGUUAUUAGUAUCUUUGAAGUGGACGCCAAGUUUAAAGCGCCGACGACGAAGACGCAGCUGAAGGCGAUGCUGGCCAACAACUCGGUGAUCCCGUUCCACAAGUUCGUGUGCAAGAACUGCCACGCCAUCCCGCAGGGCGACCAGUGGGUGAAGGCCGCCGAGACUGGACAGAUGGACGUGUUCCACGUCGGCAAGCGGCGCGGCAAGUACGUGCACUGGGAGCCCAUCUUCAUCGGCACGCACCGGGACCCGCUGUACGACGAGCGCCUCAGCUGGGACGGCAUGAAGGACAAGAUGACGCAGGGCUACGUGCUCUGCGUGAAGGACUACGACUUCAUGAUCCUGAACAACGCGUUCCUGUGCCACAAGCCCGGCAUCAAGAAGUUCGUGAAGAACGCCAAGCGAGACCUCAUCGUGGGCCGCCAGAACAAGUACGUCAAGAAGACCAUCAUGCCCGAGCUCAGGAAGCUGUAUGGGAGCCGCGCCGGGUGCACGCUGUGACCGCAGCGUCGCAAACUCGCGGUAGACCCCCCUCGGGUCAAUAAACUUCUAGCUACGGCAUCUUUUUCUAUGAUAAUUGUCAGAGACAAAUAAUCAGGGAAAAUAAGGAAGUCAAGAUUUUUUGAGAUUAUUAUACAAUUAUACAGUCUAGGGUACUACAUAAAUUGACAGUCAAUUUAAGCUCUUUUUGCAAAGCUUAGAUGUUGACGCAGUCGUUUUCGUAAGGGCCUAAAGGUCACAGCUCAUUAGAGCCACUCACACAAUGAGCUGUGACCUUUAAUUAUAGAGAUAGAGCACAAAGCUCAUCUUAUUAUAACAACAAUAGGGCUCUUCUUUAUAAACGGUAAGGUAAAGAUAAUAAGUAACGAAACGGAACAUAUCAAUAGACUGUUAAAUGAGCUUAUAGUAUCACUACGGUGCAGACAGGUAGAAAAUACCUACUCGAUAGAUUGUUAAUAAAGGCGGUCUUAAAUGAGUUCUAAAACUGAGAUUAUACCAAUAAUACCUUGAAGGGAUCAUUUGACUGGUUUUCCUAAAGGCACCUUCAGCGUGCUAGUGUUCAAGGAUUGUUCUCUUCGAUGUAAAAUACAACUUUGGAGUUAAAGGAGAGAUAACUUUUGAUGAGGAGAAUCUUCGGUUGCGUCCGUCAAUAUAUCUAGGGACCUCUUUCCGAGCAGCGUAUCUAAGUCAAGUUGUAUAUAUUUGUAUUGAUUACCUAGCUAUAGCCACUAGAGUAAGCGUAUACACCAAAUAUUCAGUUAUUUUGUCCUUUUCUAGCUCAGGAGGGUCUGAAAUGAUAGUGGACGCGUUUGAUGAAGAUACAUUAUACUAUUAUUUUGUGUCAUUAAAAAUGCAAAGCACAAUUUUUGUAAUAUUUAUUGAGCCAUUCGUUUUGAGCUGUGGUUUUGUACAUACAUUGUAAGAAAGAUAUUUUUAUAAUAGGUAUUGAUUUUUAAAUUUAAUGCAAUAAGGAUUUAUUAGUUUUAAACUUUGCGAAAUAAAAUUGUGAUCUGGGCCUUAAUUUUAUUCAAUAUAUAAGUAUUUCUAUUCUGGAUUGUAGAGCUACCAAUGGUUUUUAUUCUUAUAAGUACCAACGACGAAAAAAAAUUAUUGAUUCAAUGGUCUGACGAUAUACAUUUUAAACAAUUAUUAUACAUGCAUAGGCUACUGUAAUACAUUAACUAGGUACAAUCAUUGUAUGCCUUUCUACUUGUACUCAAUGUGAUCUACUAAAGUCAAUAUAAUACCUUUAGCAUUAUGUGCCUACUUUAUUAAAGGAUAGGAUUGCUUAUUUAUUAAUGUAUGAGAUGUAUUCCUGCUACGCAUUUUAAUUAAGUAUAUACAUAUUACCAUAAAUAAGCUAUUCAAUAUGUAUAACUCCUUAGGUGUAAAUUGUAAUUAUCAGGGUGGAUAUGUAUAUUUUAGUACCUAGCGCAAAGCGUUUACCUUCAUGCGAUGAUAUAAGACAUAAUUACCCCUACCCUUUUAUACUAAGCCUAAUAUAAUAAAUAAAUAAGGAUGUAACAAUGCUGAAAACAUGGUAUAACUUUUAAAAAAAUCAUUUUACACCUACUACAUGAGGAGCUUAGAAAAAAUACUUAAGUACAGACGAAUUGAGAACCUUCUCCUUUUUUUGAGGUCGGUAUAAAAUUUAUCUAAGUUUCUUAUGCUUUAGAAAUUAAUCCGUCAGCACUUUAAGAGACUCACUUUAGCUUCACAAAAACGAUGUUCCGGGGAACGGGCUACGCUAUGUCGUUGCAUUAAAAGUGCCAAUAGUGCAUGCCAGAUAUCUGAAACCUCGUAUUUUGCCAAGCAAGAGUAGCCCCGCUGUACUUAAAAUGCGUGCACUUUAUAAUGAGAUUCGAUGUGUCGAAUAAGUUUUAUAUAAACGUGUACGGAUUUUUUAUAAUGGUUUUCGUUCAAAAUACCUGCUUAGAGAUGAACAUUAUGAUGAUUUUUGAGAUUUACUCAAUAGUUAGGAGCUACGUCAAGAGUUUCUAUAAUAUGGCAUUUAAUGAUGAUAACUGCCAUGUUUAAUUUACCAAACCUUUUUAAAAUGUAAGCUCACCACGUCUGAAAUAUUAAAGUAAGUAUUAAACCUAAUUGUAAUAAGUUUGUAGAUAUAAUUUCGUUAGUAGGUACUUACCUAUGUUUUUGUAAAUACUUAGAUCUUCUUGUUUUUAACAUACAGACAUGAGUUACUUCUAGUUUGAUAUGUUACCAAAUAAUUACAUGUAGUGCCUCAUAAUAUAUAUUUUCAAUUAUUUUGAAUUUUAUGUCCUUUAAUAAUAUUGAUAGUGAUGAAAUCUACUGAAAACCGUGCCUUAAAUGUAGGUAUAAAAGUAAUAUAUUUUCCUGAAGAUGAAUGGUAGCUGACAAAGCUUAUUUUUACCCAAUUCAACAAUAACAUACAACAAUAAUAAUUUUAUCCAUUCCUAUUUUAGUGUACAUUAAUUACCUUAUUUUUAUGUUUUGUUAAUAUUAAUUAAUAAUGGGACUCAAUGGUUUGGGAUACGUUUACAUGUGGUGAGCUUGCAUUUGUUACUGACUUUCUUUCAAUUGCAAUUUAAUAAUGAAACCUAAUGCGCCAGUAUAAAACAGAAUUGAAAAAAUGAAAUUCAGCAUUCAUUUAUUCCUAGCAAUAUUUACUGUUACAGCGUCCAUUCCUUCACUUAAACAUUUGUAAUAUUUUAAAUAAACAUUGAAAAU